GGGUUACAUCGUAUCUGCACGGGCCCAAUCACAGUUUUGGAGAGAAGACGGGAGAAUCUUUAGAAGAGGGGCCUCCGGUGCACGUGUCUUGUAGUAGAUAAGAUUUUGUUUGAUCUUUGCGGUUAAUAUUUAGAUAAGAGGGACAUUUUGGGAGGGGAAAGUGGCCAAUUGAGGCAACAAUGGAUGCUUCUCCAAAUCCCCAGACAAAGACAGGUAAUCUUAAACUGACUGUUUUAUUUUUCCGGCUCUGCUAUGGUGGUCUACUACAAAGUGGGCCGAACAAAAGCAAUACUGUUGCACGAGUCAUCACCAUCUGACCAACAGUGUAACUGGAUGGGUCUAUAGACUUAACCCACACUAGGAUCACACGUUAUAGGAGCUUUUAUAGGCGAAUUCUAUUUAUUUUCUGUGCAGAUGUGUUCUGUGCAGCCAGACAAUUUAAAAAUUAUUUUCUAUUAAAAAAAAAAAAAUCCUACGUGAAUUAGUUAUAACAUGUCAUUUAAAUAUAAUAGCUAGAAGUAUUUUUGCUUUUCUAAUGUACUGAAAGUUGUGUAAAUCGCGUUUGAAGCAUUUUCGGUCAGAUUAUCACGAAUUGACUAUGGUCAAUGCUAUCCGGGAUUGUCUAUGGUGAUAGAAUGCAUUGUGGGUGUCAAUAUAAAGUGACGGCCAUAUUUGCCGGGUGCCGUUGCUGUAAACAAAAAGUGAGAGACAGGCGCUUCACUGAAUUAGAUUUUCGGGUCAUUUUAUUUCUUUAAUUUACAAUGUCUCUGGGAAUGUCUUACAAACCCAAUGUCCACCAGCACAUUCCAGGAACUUCCGGGAACCAGGGUAAGAGAACAAUAUCGGUUAAAAUCCAACCAUCCAUCCGUUAAAUCGAGUGUUAAAAAUUCGGUGUUUCGGAGAAUACCUGGAGAAAGACCGCGUCUGUAGUUUUUGUCCAGUUAUAUAUAGGGUCAGAUCCUGGGAGCUAGGCUAAUUCAUAUCCGCCAUUAUUACUAAUGUAAAAAAGCCUCAUCUUCAUUGGCUAUAAACAAGGGCAGAGGUGUGAAAUUCCAUAUGUUCCGAAAAAUAAUCCCCAUCGUUCUGUGUCGGAUGCCAUCCUGGAGGGUGUCGUUACGUUGUGACAAAAAUGUAUCACUUUGGCUUCUUUAGUCAGCCCUGUUCCGCUUCCUCCAUGAUGGUCUCUUGCGGAGCUGUUGAUUGAGCUGCCAGGGUAUUCCUUUAUGAACCUUCGAGGACAUCUAGUGUUUAACAACCCUUAUUGCAUUAGAAAAUACAUGCUCACUACAACUGUGGGCAUUGUUGGCAAUGUGAACAUGCAAUAUGUAGAAUUUGUACCAAUUUAUUUUUUUCAGUGUUUUAUACUAUCUGGUGAACGGUAAUAUCAUAUUUGACCCUAGAUUUGUUUUGUAUUUGUCUCCCAACAGUUGGAAACAUCCAGUCUCCGUCAGCAGCCAACUUGGCCACGUUGCAGUCCUACAGGCCGCUGGUGAACGAUGUUUACGCACCACCCUCCUUGGGCUUUACACAGGUACAGACACUCAAAUUGCUUCUGCUAAUUCUACAAUGCAGAAAAUAAAAUUGACAUGUUAAUAGAAAUGCGUCGUUACAUUGUAAGUAACUCUUUUGGUAAGUGCCUUAUUCCUAUCCUGUCCCUGUGUGGUCAGGGAUCCAGCAGCAGCCAGGUGCCCCAGAGUAAGUAUUCAGAGCUGCUGGCCAUCAUCGAGGAGCUGGGGAAGGAGAUCCGGCCCACCUACGCCGGCAGCAAGAGCGCCAUGGAGAGAAUAAAACGAGGUAAUGUGGAAACUUCUGUAGUAAUACAAUACCUCUAUUGUGUGGUAAUGCAAACUGCAUUAUCUAGACUACACAAUAGUCUUCUUCCUAACUCUCUAACUUGGUUAGAGAGUUGUCAUUCAGUCUGUGAAUGACAGUUGUUCAUUUUGGUGUAUCCUACUUUUCCCCAAAGGUAUCAUCCAUGCCAGGGGACUGGUGCGGGAGUGCUUGGCAGAGACUGAGAGAAACGCCAGGUCCUAACUACAGAAGCACUACCCUCUCCUGUAGAAGAACCCACACUCUCACUCACCAUGUAAAAGACAACUGCAUGGCACAUCCUCUAAAAAGAGGAAUGGAAAACAAAAUAAGGGAUGGUUGAAAAAGUCACAAAUGUUUCUGGAAGGUUGAAAUGUGAGAAAGGGGACACUAGAAUAUAAUUCAGAAUUCAAAUGAUUUGUUUUUUCUUCAUGCCCCAUUUUGGGUCACAGUUUCCUGACUUCAUAUUUAAAAUGAAUAGUAAUUUUUGCAUGCAAACCUAUGGGUCCACCAUGGCCUUUGGUUAAUUGUAGACAUUGCAUGGCAUGUACUGGAUUAGACUAGGAGAGAAACUCUUUUUGAUAGCUAUUGGUCUGAAUUCCAGACCCUUAAUUGUUGAACAAGUGAAGGACAGAAAAGUGCCAAAUACAUUGGUUCAUUCAUGUUGAGGUUCUUUUUUGGGAUUAAUAAUAAAUGCUGUU